CUGCUGUAGGAAAAUAUUGCCCACAGCUUCAGACGACUUGGCAGUGAAGACGGCUGGCGGUAGGAGCUGCAGUAACCCGUUUCCAGAAUCGACUGUGCAGUUUUCUCUCCAACACUAAAUUUGGAUGAACUUGGUGGAGAAGCGGGAGGAAAACCUGAAUCUUUGCCUAAAUGGUGGAGACCUGAUCUGAACCUCGUUCUUCCAAUCUUCCUGCCAGAGAGUUGAGAGCCUUGCUGGCAUCUUUUCUGAAAGGGAAAAAAAAACUCAAAGAGAAAGUCACCAAACAAAGAGGAGGAGCCUUUAUUUGAACAUCGGCUUAAACGCAUUUGAAGGGUUAUUAAAGUCUGCAGAAGUUAACACAGAGACUCUCCCGGACACUUCUGUGUGACGACAUGGCAAAGAAGAACAGCCAUAAGGACACGUCUGGGGUUGUGUUCGACACUCGCUCUAAGAUGGUGAUGUCCCAGGGAGGAACAGCGGAGAGGAUGAAGGAGAAGAUCAGUGCUGUCAGGGCGGUCGUCCCCAACAAAAGUAACAAUGAGAUUGUGCUGGUGUUACAGCAUUUUGAGAACAGUGUGGACAAGGCCGUCCAAGCUUUUUUAGAAGGCAGCGCAGUCGAGAUCCUGAAGGAGUGGAAUGUCACCGGUAAAAAGAAGCCCAAGAAGAAAAAGAAGCCCAAGCCUCAGGCCGAGGCCACAGCAGAGCCCGCUCCGCCCGAGGCCACUCCACCAGAGGAGGCCAAGGAUGAGAUGAAUGGCUUUCAUGCCAACGGAUCAGUAAUGGACGGAGAGUCACUCGAUUCUCUGAGUGAACAGUUGGACUCCGCCUCCCUGGAUGCAGCUGAGCUGGACUCUGAACCUGCUACAUCUGAAACCACUGGUCCUGAAGCAGAAAGUGUUGAUAGUGCCCCGAGUCCUGCCUUGCCUCAAGCAGGGAGGAAUCACCAGGGUUAUAGAGGAAACAAGAACCGACACCGACCAGGCUCAAAUUCACAAUCAUCUAGUUCUUCUUUAGCACUGACCUCUGACGAUCAAGGAUCAGGAGUCAAGAAGCUAGCUCCAAACAUCGACCGCUCUGUGAAGGACCUGCAGAGAUGCACCGCCUCACUGACUCGAUACAGGAUGGUGGUCAAGGAGGAGAUGGAUUCCUCGAUAAAGAAGAUGAAGCAGACUUUUGCUGAACUCCAGAGCUGUUUAAUGGACAGAGAAGUGACCCUACUCAGGGAAAUGGACAAAGUGAAAGCAGAAUCCUUGAUGAAUUUAGACGCCAGGCAGAAGAAAGCAGAGGAGCUCAGACGGCUGACGGAUCAGUCAGGUUCCAUGUCAGAGGAGCAGUUGACUGAGCUACGUGCAGACAUCAAGCACUUUGUGAGCGAGCGUAAAUAUGACGAGGAUCUGGGAAAAGCUGUAAGGUUUACAUUUGAUCUUGAACCGCUGAAGACGAGCAUCACUGAGUUCGGAUCAGUUUACCAUCCGCGUACAGGCUACUCAAAUCGUUCCCGCUGUAGCUCCACGUCCUCUUCUGUCACUAGCCCUGGCCUGCUGGAAACUCCGCCUCCUCCUGUGACCCAAAGCGCCCCCAGUGAAAACCGCCCCCCUCCAACCAAACAGAUUUUCCAGGGUAACAGGCGCACUUUCCAGGGACAGGGGUACCACUCAGGCAGUCAGCGGUAUAACGGCGGCUCCUACCACGACAGGAACGCCGGUCGUGGGAACCAUCGCUACCAUGGCGACGGCAGCAGCAGCGGCGGCGGCGGCGGCGGCUCUUCUUCACAUCACUCUAACAGCUCGAGAGGUCCCCCGCGCUCGUCCUCGUCCUACAACCAAGACCGACCCUCUCAUAACGGGCUGCCCCAGAGGCCUCCGCGGACACACUGCCCUUGACAUUGGAAACCCUCGUUCUCAAUCAAACCUGUCUACGUACCCUCGCACUCUCCCCUCCCUCCCCCACACCCCCUCUCCCCCCCCUCAACUAACUCCUUUCAAUGAAGAAUAGAAUACAAGUUUACAUAUUUCUGUCAGUUGAGCUGUAGUGCCACCUCUCUGCAUCGAUCCAUUCAUCGCUCAAACUUGAAAACUCUCACUGCUCUGUAUUCUCUCCUUUUACACUUCCUGGUUAAGGUAACAGCUUCUAUCUUUAGGCCCCCCUUUGAGAGAUCUUAUUGCUAUGAUAUAGUCGGCUCUCUGGCAUUCAUUUCUGCAGAGACUGACAGGACUGCCUGCAACAACUUGUGCUCCAUUGAAGUUGAGCUCUUAGUACUAUUUCUAUUUUUGCUGUGGCUUGUGUCAGCUCUCUGAUUUUGCACCUCAGAUUUUUUUUUUCUUUUUGUCUCCCAGAACCAUUUCAAUGCCUUCACCGGAGGGAAGUGAAGUGAAAGCAGUUCUAGCAUUAAUAGGGCAUUUUUUGUCAUCAGGAGAGUAGACAUGCAAUCAACACUACAGACUAUCGUUAAUCUUCGUAGGGUAAAAAAAAAAAAAAGAGACAUAUCAAACUUUAAUCCAGAGCUUUUCGUAUGGCUGCUACAAAACGUAGGGAACUUGUUAAUGCUCAAAGGACUUGGAGGUGUUCGAGGGAAACUCUGUGAACGUUAGAGUUUGCUCUCUUAAAGGAAUAGUUCAACAUUUGAGAAUGAGCUCAUUCCUUUUACUUGACGAGUGUUAGCUGAGAAGAUCAACACCACUCUUAGGUUUGCACACUCAAUUGGUUCACUUAGCCUUGCAUCAAAACUAGAAGAUUACAGAAUUUGCAUCAUUACCUGCCUUCAUUAGAUGAAACAACAUGCAUGCACACAUUAUUAAAGUCCACAUCACAAGUUUCAUUCAACAAUACAUCGAUAACUUGGACAAUACCAACAAAAGAAGACAAAAACAUGCUUUGAUAUGUGAAUUCCUGCACUCUUGUUGACAUUGAAUGCAACACAAUCCAAUUGUUUGAAUGUAAAGACAGAAAAAAGUAACUGACAUCAAAAUGUAGGUUUCUUCCCACUGUGUUCAUGACAUUGAACUAUGAUCACUGAAUCAAUAUAUUGAUCUAUAUCCAUCUAAUGAUCGAUAUUCUCUUUUUGUACAAAACCUGAAGUUGAAAACUAGAUUAGGUGUUAGAGCAAGGCGACGUAAAGGCAACUUCUAGAGAUGUAAGAGUGAUGUCAGAUAUCUUCUUAUCUAACUCUGGAAGAGAGUAAAUAUGAACCCAAAUGUUGCACUGUUCCUUUAAAUGUUGCCUAAGUCAGUGAUGAUGAAUCGCCCUCCCCUGCGGCCGGCGGGGUCCUGGUGUGUGCCGUCGUCCUCGGGCUUGCUGUCCAUUCUUUUCUAACAAAGAGAGGGCUCAUUACCUUUUUGUAGAAUAAUGUUCAGUGAUAUGUUCAAACUCACAACAAAGGAAACUGUCCACACGCUGUGACUUGACAUUUAUUCUGAUGGAUUUUCUUCCACUCGCACCGUUUGUUCUUUGUGUUUUUUGUUGUUAUAUGCACAUGAAUGGCAUAUUAAUGACGUGCUUGCCUUUAGUCACAGAGAGACUUCACAUUUGCCUUUUUCGAGACGUGGAUGUCUGCAUCUUGACGGCUUUCUUAUCAGACGUACUUGUAGAGCAGACGUGCAGUUUUCUUAAUACAUGUGAGAACAAGAUGCAAGAUCUUUUCAUCCCCUUUUUUAUAUUCUCACUUUACUCAAUAUGUGAAAGUAACAUUGAUCAAGCUGAUGAAUGAAUUGGAAGGAUGUACUGAUGAUUCUACAGAUCUUAUUUCUCUAAGGCUGCAGAGCUGAUGCUUCAUGGCUGUUUGUGAGAGUUAAGUCUCUCUCCCAGUCUGUGAACUAAAGGCUGGUGAAUACCUCAUUGGUGAUCUUUGACACAGCCUGCUUUCAAAGCGUUCUCACACAGCGGGCUCACAUUAAGGGACAGAGAGCCCUGCUUACUCCUUAUCUUGUAGUUAUGUACAUACAGUUUGUGGAGCUGAAAGGCUGUGGUGUGAAACUGGUUGUGACAUUAUUGCUGCAUCUUCCUUACGAUGUGUUGUCUUCCCUCGAGCAGACUUUUGGUAAACAUUAAUUUAAAAUAUUAUUUUCUCUCUCCCCCUUUUUUCUGUUUCCCUUCUUAGUUGUUUUGAUCAUAGGGAGAUUUAUCUUAUUUGAGAUUAUAAAAUCUUUACUCCAGUAAUUAUAUUACUAAAUAUUGUGGAGAAUAGGACACCAUCUUGUUUGCUGUCUUUGAUAAAUAUUUGCUGUAAUAACAAAUAAAUAUUUAACCUAUUGACUUAAGGGAAUAGCUCAACAUGCGGUGAAGCUUAACAUUUAGAGAAAUACACUUUUAGUCUUCCUUACUUUUUUAAAACACAUCAGAUGAAGAAUAAAUUAAAGCUUUUAGUGUUGCUUGUUGGAGUUUGUAGCAAGUGUAGGAUGUGCUCACUGCUGCCCCUUGUGGCCAACAAGGUAACCGCACUCUGUAAUUAACCAAUUACUUAUUGGAGCACUUGGACAGAGUAGACGUAGCACAAGAAACUUGGAUAAGAUAAAAACAGGCGACAUUGAGCUUUAUGUUAAGUAUUUUGAAGUGUUGUCUUUCGGCUUCGGAUAAUGAAACACGUGUUUUGUGGAAUUGACGUCCAGUGAGCUGCCCACAUCUGUUAAAGAGCAGCGCAUGGCCGAGGUGUUCAAACGUAGUCUGAAAAUGUUUCCUGUCUGUGACAGAAUAUGUACAGAAGCCACUUCAAAGCUGUUGUUGGCACGUUAUAUCUUGAUCUUCACUCUACAGAAAUUUAAUUUGUUAUUCUAGAAGCUAUUCUUUCAAGUUUUUGUGUAGUUUUCGCCGGUUUUCUGGCAACUCUCGAACAAAGAAGUAUGUUGAUAUGUAAGUUUUGAAGCCAUGUUAGCUGUUUCUGCUUCUAGUCUUAAUGCUAAGCUAGCCGCUCAUCGCCAGUCUUGUCAGAUUUAGAAUAACCUGUUGAACUAUUCCCUUAAGUCCUUGUUUUAGGUGGUGUCCUAUGUUGUUAUAUUGACUGACAUUGAUGAUAUCGUACCAAACUAUUAUCCUCAGCCAGUUCUUAGCUUGAUGAUAGUGAGCUGCAGUUCCCGAGCAGCACAUGAUAAACAAACAGCUUUUAUUCCAGCAGAUCUCAGAUGUUGGAUUUGUUCAUUGAAGACUCAAAGAGAGAUUCUGUUUGUGUUACUUUAACCACUUUUUAUUUUUGUUUUACAUUCCAAACCGUAGGUUUUUAGUUAAUCACCAAAGAAAUAAUUUGUCCUGUUUUAAGUUGUUGCCUUCUUUCUUUCUUUUCUUCCAACCUGUAAAGAUGUUCCAAAGGGGAUAAAUCCAACACUUCUUCACCUUCUCUCCCACUCUUUAUUUUCCAUUCCUUCCUGUAUAUACAUAUAUGUAGCUAUAUAAUUUUGUGCUCACAUGGGGCAUUUUGUAUGUGAUAUUCAUAUUAGGCAUAAUGGAGGUUAAACAUUUAGUUCCGUCAUUCUUCCAGUAAUCCCCAUGUCCUCCCUGUUAAGACAACCUUUCUGAGACAACCGUAAACUCAAGUGCCUUUUCUUGUCUCCCGCUGAUUCUUCAACAUCCCCCUCCACCAGAAUAUGGACCAAAGACAUCAACCGUCCCCCAACACCCCUCUCCUCUCUUUCUCCCAUUCACUGAAUUGCACACUUUUCAUUUACUACAAAUAAACAGUUUGCAAUAUUGA